GGGGGCUGAUUGCCGAGGCCGGGCACCUCUUGGUUUGGUUGGUUGUUUGCUCCCUGGGCCCCGGCCUUGGCUUGAAGCGGCUUCUAACGUGGUUCGCAUUGCGGCGGUUCCUGGAAGCGAUGUCGGCAACACUGAUCAGGAAGGGGCUGGAUUUCAUGAGCGGAGAUGUGAGAGUUUCAGGUAAAGGGAAGGGCAGGAAGAAGGCGAUUCCAGGACACUCAUCUGGUGCCGACCGUCUGCGUCUAGUUAAUACGAACAAGAAAGGAAUAAAGAAGCAAUUAGAGAGAAUUCAAGGGCAAGGGAAGAAGAUGAACAAAGCAACUGUUAAGGGCAAAGUAGUUAAGUCAGCGCUGGAGGAGUAUUGGAAGAAGAGGGCAGCAGACCACACAGAGGAAAAUCUCCGGUAUAUGCUCGGUUCAAAGUUCCUGACUGAGGGCAGUGUUACUCAAAAGGUUUUGAUGUACAGUCAAGGAAGGAAAGCAAAGGACCGUCCAGAGAAGAAGGAAGUGAAGAAGGAAGAGAAGAGCAUAUUCACAGAGAGUGAAUUUAGGAAUUUUGAGAAAGAGUAUUUUGGGAUGCCCUAACUUCAGCGGAAAGUUAACUUUUGGUGAAAAGAGUGGGACAGCUGGAUGCAAUUGUUGAGCAGAGAUCGCAACACCUAAUUAGCUCAAGCCUUAGCUAUAAAGACUGUAUUGGGAACUGAUCUGAUGCGUGAGAGGGAGAGAGACUGAAGGAGGAAUGGAAGUCUUAACUAUCCCCAAGAUCAAGACCAGUCUGUAAACUCUGUCGGUGUCUAGUAAUUGUUAAAACCUAUGAUUUCUCAGAGUUUCACUGCAACGUACAAACAUUUGCACUAAAUAUAGAGUAAACAUUGUGUUGUACA